UGCUCAAUUCACACUUCCGGUCCGACCCUUUUCCCCGUCCGGCUUGAAUCUUUUACUCUUUUAGCGGUGCACGUGCAAAGAUUAAUUGGAUUUUUACCUGAAAGUUCUUGUUAAACAUCCGGAGAAAUGGCGUCAUCGUUCGAGCAGAUGAGGGCGACGGUGGGGAGACUCUUACGGGGGAUCGACAGGUACAACCCAGAAAACCUGGUCACAUUGGAGCAGUACGUGGACACACAGGCCAGAGAGAACGCCUACGACCUGGAGGCGAACCUGGCCGUGCUGAAGCUGUACCAGUUCAACCCAGCUUACUUCCAGACUCACGUGACCGCGCAGAUUCUGCUGAAGGCUCUCACCAACCUGCCGCACACAGACUUCACUCUGUGCAAGUGCAUGAUCGACCAGACACACCAGCAAGAGGAGCGCCCCAUCAGACAGAUCCUCUACCUGGGGAACCUGCUGGAGACCUGCCACUUCCAGAGCUUUUGGACGAGUCUGGAGGAGAACCGGGAGCUCAUCGACGGCAUCACUGGCUUUGAGGACUCCGUUCGCAAGUUCAUCUGCCAUGUGGUGGGCAUCACCUACCAGACCAUCGACCACCGGUUACUGGCUGAGAUGCUGGGAGACCCGCUGGACACGCAGGUGAAGGUGUGGAUGAACAAAUACGGCUGGACGGAGAACGAGGAAGGACAGAUCUUCAUCUACAACCAGGAGGAGAGCAUCAAGCCCAAGAACAUCGUGGAGAAGAUCGACUUUGAGAGUGUUUCCAGCAUCAUGGCCACAUCUCAGUGAUAAAAAAUCUCUUCUCAUGACAACUUUUUGAUUAAUAAAAGUAAAUUAUCAAAAAUAAA